UAGGCGUAUAGGACCCUGUCGCCACCCCCUCCAACUCACCCCUCGCUGUGCGCGGCGGCCGCUUUAAGGGCAGCGCGGGGCCGCCCGGGGGCGGGGCUCCGCGGGUGACGUCAGGGCGCCCAUUGAUAAAGCCGGCGGGAUUCCCGGGGCGGCAGCGACAGCGCGCGGCGGCGCGGCCACGUGCGCGGGGCCCGGCGGUGGCGGCGGAGCCGCCUCCUUCUCUUCCCUGUCCUCCCGCGCCCGCCAUGGAGCCCGCCGUCCUCUUCCCCCCCUUCCCCGCCGUCUGCCUCCCCGCACAGCCCGCGCCCGGCCCGGCGGCCCCGCCCCGCGCGGCCGAGACCACCCGCAUCAUCACCGACCCCAUCUCCGGCCGCUCCUACUGCAAGGGACGCCUGCUGGGAAAGGGUGGGUUUGCACGAUGCUAUGAAAUGACGGACCUCUCCAGCAACAAAACCUAUGCUGUGAAGGUUAUUCCUCACAGCCGGGUGGCUAAACCCCACCAGCGGGAGAAGAUCACCAACGAGAUUGAACUGCACCGGGACUUGCACCACAAGCACAUCGUCAAGUUCUCCCACUACUUUGAGGAUGGGGAGAGCAUCUACAUCUUCUUGGAGCACUGCAGUAGGAAGUCCCUGGCCCACAUCUGGAAGGCCCGCCAUACUCUGCUGGAGCCUGAAGUGCGCUAUUACCUCAAACAGAUCAUCUCAGGCUUGAAAUAUCUUCACCUCAAGGGCAUCCUGCACAGAGACCUCAAGCUUGGCAAUUUUUUCAUCAAUGAAAACAUGGAGCUGAAAGUGGGGGACUUUGGUCUUGCUGCUUGCCAGGAUAUGUCUGACCAAAAGAAAAAGACAAUAUGUGGGACCCCCAACUACCUGGCACCAGAAGUGCUGCUGAGGCAGGGCCACGGGCCAGAGUCAGACGUGUGGUCUCUGGGCUGUGUCAUGUACACCCUGCUGUGUGGGAACCCUCCCUUUGAGACAGCUGACCUCAAGGAGACCUACAGGUGUAUCAAGCAGGUGGAGUACACCCUCCCUGUCUUCCUCUCCCUGCCUGCUAAGCACCUCAUCGCUGGCAUCCUCAGACGCAACCCCCAGGACCGCCUGACCCUCGAGGAGAUCUUGGACCAUGAGUUCUUCAAGGGCUACACGCCUGAGAAGCUCCCUCCCAGCAGCUGUGUGAUGGCUCCAGAGCUGAAUCCCCCCAAUCCAGCAAAGAGUCUGUUUGCUAAAGUCACCAAAACGCUCUUUGGGAAGAAGAAAUCCAAGGCCAAGAAGGGCUCUUUGGAGGACAAGGAUGACAUCUCCAAGCUGGUUACUGGGCUGAUGAAGACCUCGAUCUGCCGGCAGAUGAGCUAUAAAACUGUGGAAGGGAAUGAGGCCACCCCUGUAUCUUGCCGCAGUGCCAGCUCUAGCCCAGUGGAGACAGUGGUGGAGGAGACAUCUCACAAGUCUGUGUCUCCCUCCAUCCGGGGAAUGAUGGCCAGCAGCUGUGAGGCCUUUGAAGACUGCAUCACUGCCUCUGCCAUCAUUGAGUCGGCUGUCCGGCUCCUGCGGGCCUGCCUCUCCUGCAUGCCCCCAGCGGAGAAGAACCCAGCUUCCCUGGCCCGCCAUGAGCACUUUGUCUGGGUGAGCAAGUGGGUGGAUUACUCCAACAAGUAUGGCUUUGGCUACCAGCUCUCCAACCGUAGCAUCGGGGUCCUCUUCAAUAACGGCACACACAUGACACUUUCUCCCAACCACAGGACUGUGCAUUACAACCCGACCAAUAGCAAACACCUUGUGUUUUCUGUGGCCGCCAUCCCUGAGCAGCUGCAGGGACAGAUGAGUGUCUUGCGCUACUUUGCAUCCUACAUGGAACAGCACCUCAUGAAGGGAGGUGACUUGCCCAGCAUAGAUGACCUCGGGCAGCCGGCUCUGCUUCUCCUGCAGUGGGUGAAGACUGACCAAGCCUUGCUUAUGCUCUUCAGCAGUGGCACCCUCCAGGUGAACUUCUACAAUGACCACACCAAGGUGAUCAUUAGCAAGCCUGACCACUCCUGCCUUGUCACCUACAUCAACCGGGAGCGCAACUCUUACACCUACAAGCUGUGCAGCAUCCAGGAGCUGGGCUGUUCUCCUGAGCUCCACCACCGCCUCAGAUACAUCCUCAAGCUCCUCCAAGAACGGGCUGAGGCCUAGUGUGGGACCCUGGGGGAUCUUCUCUGGAUGUAGAGGUUUCCCCUGCCCUCCCAUGGAAUGGGAGAUAUGUUGUGGUGCUGGCUGCCCACCUGGGCACCCUGUAUCCUGGUGCUCAGCUAGACUCUGGACUAAGACACAUGGAUGUGGUUACGGUAACAGGUCUGGACAUCCUUGCUGCUCCCUGGCUCUGGGCAAUCGCUGUCUUCCUGCUGGCAGCUCCUACUCUGGUUGUGCUGGUCUUGGUAGAGUUAACUGGGGUGGCACAAGGGAGGUGGUGGGUGAGUGCCCUGCAGCCAGGUUUAGGUCUGGCUGUGCCUUGUUUGCGUCCUGGUGCUCCAGCCUGCUCUGGCUGACAGCUGCCUGCAGUGGGGACUUGGGCUGUCCUGCCCAAGGUGAAACACCAGUUGCACAGACCCUCUCUGUGGCCUGGAGAGGACUGGCACGACCUUGACCUUAAGGCUUGGCUGCUGUGGGGUAGGGAAAACCCAUGGACAGGGGUGAAGGGCGCUGCCUGCCCUGCCAGGCUGGUGGGCUGGUGUGUGCCAUUCCAUAACUGCUACACUAAGGAGGGGGCUGUGCUGGGCCCAGCUGGGCCCUGCCCACUCCCAAAUUGUGAAAUUGUCUGGUACAACUUGAGGUUUGAUAAAGGGGGGGGAGGGGAUCUGAGGGCUUACCUCGAGAUGCCCUCAUCUCGCUGGGGCCUGCAGAAUUUUUGUGUUUCAAGGCAGUCUCUGCCAUGUGGGACUAUUUAUGCAUCUUAUUUAUAUGGAAUUAUUUAUUUUGCUGUUAGGCUGCCCAUGUACAGCUCCCCUGUCCCUGACUCACCUCAAUAAAAAUUUGUGUAAG